AGUUUAGCUGUUAUUGGCCAAAAGUUUCCGCCCCCUCAGGGAACUUGACUUUCCAUUGGCCAGUCCUUAGUCACAUGACCUUCCUUUCUCGGGGCUGUGAAGCUGGAGAGCCAGCAACAAGUUCAGCUGAAGACUGAAGCAAGAGCUGGGUCAGGUGGCAGCCUCAGUAGCCUUGGGGACCUCAGCAACUAUGGCCUCCUGCCCAGACUCGGACAAUAGCUGGGUGCUUGCCGGCUCAGAGAACCUGCCUGUGGAGACCCUGGGCCCUGAAUCCAGGAUGGACCUAGAAUCCGAGAGAGCUCCCCAGGCCCCUUGGAGUCCCUCCAAGGCAGCUGCUGAGGAAUUAGCUGGGACCUUGGAUGGAGAAGAGACCCUGUUCCAGAGUGAGAGCUCCCAGUCCAGACCCGUUCUGCCAGAGGAGACUGAGGCCAAGGGUGUCCUGGAAGGUGAUGAUCGUGGAAUGGAGUCCCCUGGCUCAGGAGACACAGAGGUCCAGGGAGACUUGGAGGAGACCCCCGAGGCAGUAGGCCUGGGACUGGACACACAGGACCUGGAGGAUCAGAGUCCCCCCAACAGCCUGCUCUCAUCCCCCCAAACAGCUUGGAUCAGGGAGGAGGCCCACUGCUCCAGCAGUGAGGACGACACCGACAUGGAUGUGGAGGGUCUGCGGAGACGGCGGGGCCGGGAGCCCAGCACUCCUCAGCCUGCGGCCCCCCUGGGUGUGGAGGACCAGGCCGGGGGUGAGGGUGCGGGCAGGGAGCUGGGCAUCUCCCUCAACAUGUGUCUCCUCGGGGCCCUGGUUCUGCUGGGCCUGGGGAUCCUCCUCUUCUCCGGUGGUCUCUCAGAGGCUGAAAGUGGGCCCAUGGAGGAAGCAGACCUGCAGGUCUUCCCAGAUACCGGCUUGGAUACUGAGAUGCUGGAGGCUGAGGGGGAUGGGCAGGAUGGGCUAAAGCAGCAGCUGCCGACCUCAGCGCCCCCUGACAGUGUUCCCAGCCUGCAGAACAUGGCGCUUCUGCUGGACAAGCUGGCCAAGGAGAACCAGGAUAUCCGGCUGCUGCAGGCCCAGCUGCAGGCCCAGAAGGAAGAGCUUCAGAGCCUGAUGCAUCAGCCCAAAGGGCUGGAAGAGGAGAAUGCCCGGCUCCGAGGGGCCCUACAGCAGGGCGAGGCCUCCCAGCGGGCCCUGGAGUUAGAGCUGCAACAGCUGCGUGCCCAGCUCCAGGGCCUGGAGGCUGACUGUGUCCGGGGCACAGAUGGGGUGUGUCGCUAUGGGGGCAGAGGCCUGCGGGCUGGCAGGGUCACCAAGGAGCAAGGCCCAAGGGGGCAGGUGCCAAGCCCUGGCUUCUUGGAGCAGAAGAAACAGCUAGAGGCUGAGGCCCAGUCAUUAAGGCAAGAGUUGGAGAGGCAGCGGCGGCUGCUGGGGUCUGUGCAGCGGGACCUGGAGCAGAGCUUGAGGGAUGUGGGCCGAGGGGACCCAGCCCAUGCUGGCCAGGCCGAGGUUGGUCACAGGCUGGCCCAGAAGCUGCAGGGCAUGGAGAACUGGGGCCAGCGCCCCGGGGUCCCUGCCAAUGCCUCAGAGGCCUGGCGUCAGGAGCCUCACUUCCAGAGUUCCAGGGAGUGGAGCGGAAAGGAAAAGUGGUGGGAUGGGCAGAGGGACCGGAAGACUGACCACUGGAAACAUAAGAAGGAGGAAUCUGGCCGGGAAAAGAAGAAGAGCUGGGGGGGUGAGGAGGACAGGGAGCUGGCGGGGAGGUGGAAGGAGGGCAAGCCAUGGGUGGAGGAGUGGGCUAGCAAGAAGGACAGCAAGCAACAGGGUUCUAAGGAGCCCCCCAGGAAAAGUGGCAGCCCCCACUCCUCCAGAGAAAGGCAGAAACACCCUCAGUGGAAGGAGGGGGCUAAAGACAGGCAUGACCCCCUGCCACUCUGGGCAGAGCUGUUGAGGCACAAGUACCAGGCACCCCAGGGCUGCUCGGGUGUGCACGAGUGUGCCCGUCAGGAGGGCCUGGCCUUCUUUGGCAUGGAGCUGGCCCCUGUGCGGCAACAGGAGCUGGCCUCUCUGCUGAGGACGUACCUGGCGCGGCUGCCCUGGGCCAGGCAACUGACCGAGGAGCUACCCCUUUCUCCUGCUUACUUUGGUGAGGAUGGUAUCUUCCGCCACGACCGCCUCCGCUUCCGGGACUUUGUAGAUGCCUUGGAGGACAGCCUGGAGGAGGUGGCAGUGAGACAGACAGGUGAUGAUGAUGAGGUGGAUGACUUUGAGGACUUCAUCUUCAGCCACUUCUUUGGAGACAAAGCACUGAAGAAGAGGUCUGGGAAGAAGGACAAACACUGGCGGAAACCCAGAGUUGUGGGGCCCAGGGAGGAACACAGCCACCAGCGCCAGGGCUGAGGCCCCGUGCUGUCUGUCCCCUGGGAACCGUUAAACUGCCACCUCCCUUGGCUCGUUUGGUGUCCUUGGAUAUCCUUCACCGAGGAGAGCGGAAAUCACCCAGCCCCGAACUGAAACCACUUUUGCUAGAAAAAGGUCUUAGCUGGACCUGCCUUGCUAUCUAUGCAAAUGUAUGCAAAUGCUCAGGACCCUGGGCCGUGACCCUUGCAGCCUGAUUGUGUCACGCCAGUGUGAAGGGGGGAGGGGAGAGAAGCCUGUUUUUUUGGGGGUGGGGUGGAGGUAGAGGGGAUGGGGGCAAUUCUAAUUCUGAAGCCAGAGAGCUUUCCUCCGUGUGUGUGUGUGUGUGUGUGUGUGUGUGUGUGUGUGUGUGUGUGUGUGUCGGGGAGGGGGAGAGUGGGCUCCUUGGCUGCACGCACUGACCCGGGCCCCCUGGGAUUUGACUAGCCUGGCUGGCUGGGGGCCCAGCAUGAGGGUUUCCCCUGGCGUUUUGUUAGAUUUGGAAGGAGCUGUCCCCAGGGGGGUACAACCCCCUUUUAAGCCUUGCUGCUCACCUCCACACGUGAACUGUAGACUCAGAUCCCAAUAAAAUGCUGUUGGAGCUGUGA